GGCGAGUAACUGUACGGGAGAGCCAGACUAAGAGCUAGAGAACUCAGAUCAAGAAGCACUGACUAUAUCUACUGAGAUAUAUAGCUCAGUAUGUUGGGAAAGCAGGAGACACGUGAAGGGCUGGGAGCUGUGGCUGAGUUGAGUUGCCAAGUGAAAGAAGACAACACAGCUCGGAGGGAGCACUUCUCUGCAGAAUGGACAGAUACAUCCGUCUUCAGCAGACCAGAGGAAAGAUGCAGUGCAGGUGAUGCCAACCUGUGGAAGAGGGAGACUUUCCGCCAACAGGGAAAGACACGGUUCCUGGUUCAGUGCUCCCCAGCACAAGUCAUGAAGAUGGGUCGCCUGGGCCAACGCCUCACCCAGUACCAGUUACCUUACCAGAGGGCACUGCCUCUUCCAAUCUUCAAGCCAGCAGACCUCACCACCAAAAUGGAGCGUAUUUCCACACCACCUACGCUGCGUGGCUUGAUGGAGUUCGAGAGAGCACUGAGCCAUCCUGGCAAUGAUGGGAUGUGCCAGGACAAGACACCAGUUUCACAUAUUACCAAGGAGUUGCCACCAGUCAUGCAACCAGCACGCAUGGACUUUGCCAAACCUGGGCUUAUGCACUCUUUCUCCAGGUCUAUGUCUCAAGAGGUUCAAAGGGGUUAGAGAAUUGGGGUGAGCUUGCUAGUCCCAAAAGAAUCAGAUAGGAAUGUAAUUUGUGUCAACAAUGUGCAUGCACUAGAAUGUCUACUACUGUUUUAUUUCUUACACCAAGGCCAGUUUACGCCCAGUAGCAGCAUUUUUAAUUAGGACAAUUUCAUUUGUAAACUGCACUUAAUUAUUUGCUUUAAAUAGGAGCAAUGCAGAAAAAGUACCAAUGCAUCUCCUACAGAACUGCUUUAACAUACAACUUUACAGCAAUUUUAUAGGUACAUUAAACUCAAAGUGCAGGAACUAACCAUAACAGUUAAUUGGUAGUUAUAAUAAUGAAGACAAUGCAGAACAAUCUAUUUAAUUUGCACAUAGACCAUAGAAGGUUGAGCUGAGUGAAAUACAUAGAAAGAGCAGGACACAAUAAUGUUCUUAAACACCAUUCUCCUCUUUAAUGGUGUACAGUGGGUAAAGCUGAUAGCUCUGGUCAAUACAGUAGAAUACACAUGGUCUUCCCGCUAAAUUAUGUCUAUGGUGACCAAAUGUCCAACCACAGACUAGACAGAGUAUAGAAGGAAAAUAGUAUGUGAAAAAAGAAAGAAUUACAAGAAUUGUGUGUAAAGAGAUGAAAAAAGAAGGACUCGUAGGUGUAGGAUCCCUGGUGACCCUAACAAGCAAAGUUGGCCUACCUUGAAUUGCUACUUUGAGAAACCAGGGUUUAAGAAUGCACUUUAGGAGCUGAAUGCAAUCUCUGUGAUAGGUGUUUAAUUAUUUAAUCUCUUAGCUGCCAGAGAGUGCUGCAACAUAUUCAAUAGCAAUGCAUAGCUGCCCUCUCUUUAUCUAUUCCAUAUCAAAGAAAUAAGCACUUGUAAAAGGAUUUAUAAUGAAGGUGAUUGAAUGCACUAGACUAGAAACAAGCUAAGCUACUUAUUGCAGACCAUUGCUGACUUCCAACAAAAUGCAUGAUUUGUGCGCAUGAUUUGUAUAAUAUGUGAAUGUAGAUAGAUGUAUAUUUAUAUUUGUAUAUUUAUUUUUGUGUGUCUAAUGUAAAUAUACCUGUCAACUUUUUUGCUGUAACCAAUCUGAUGUCUAUGAGAGGUUGUAAGUUUUUUGUUAAGUCUGUAUACAGAUCACAAAUAUAAAUGUCAUUUUCUUUCGUCUA